AUGCAGAAGACAAGUCGUUCAGCAUCCAAGAAAGUGACGGCGCGUGGCGACAGUAGGCUUGAGACUAUUGCUCGGCCCCCUUCGGACACGCACCAAGUACAGGAGAUACUCGGCGAUCCACAGCCGGGACGGGACGUCGCAAUGGUUGUCAAGAAGAAGAAGCCUCGACACCGCAUGACCGACCUACAGCUCGAGCAACUGGAAGCAUUGUUCAGAGAGAGCUCGCAUCCUAGCAAGGAGGCGAAGCAGAAGCUCGCAGAUGAGGCCCACAUGACCUUGAAGACUGUUACGAUAUGGUUCCAGAACAGACGUCAGACGACAAGGAGACGGAGCGCAAGAGCCGCCGCCCACGAUCCAGUUCCGGCUCUAGGGGACAGUACGGCCAACGAGAACGAGAACGAGGAAAAUCGUCCUCCACUUGCCGCCAUCUUCCAGGAUCUCACGAACAUGGCACAUCAGGAUACCCACCUGCACGAUUACCAACGCCUCUUGUCAAGCAUCGAACCUGCCUGCAACGCCGAUGCCUUCAACUCGCUGCCUGGUCCCGGGUUCAGUGCCAUGGCUCCGCUUUCCCGCCCCGCAGUGCCUCCUCACGACCUUUGGAAGUAUCUCCAGUCUUCUCCUUCCAGUCCAGCCAGGGCAUGCUCUCCAGGAACUCCGAGCCCUCCGAGCAAGAUGCAGUGGAAGGACGGCGAUGUCUUUGGUUCCUUCGGUAGAAAUGCGGUUGGCAGCCCUGAAAAGCACAAAUGGAGCCUGGAUUGGGCCUGCACGCGGAUGGAGGAACGGAGAAGGGUGAAGGAUGCUUUUCAUUCCGACAUUUCAGAGAAGCAGCUCGAAGAGGACCGGAUAGGCUCUCCACUGCCUGGAUACCGUUCAGUCGGACACACAGCCAUGGAGCAAGUUCAGGCCGUUCAGGUUCUACAGGGUUCUUGUGCGAGAAACUUGGCAGGCAAUGUCCAGAUGAACAUACCCACGCAGUUUUUCGACGUUUACCCUCCUGAUAUUGUACUUGGCGCCUCUCUUCUGCUCGAUUUCAAGUAUUCUUCAGAGCCUGCUUAA